AUGGCAAUCACGUCUCCUUUCAAGAAGUUCUCGCACUCGCGCGAGAACUCGCGGGAAGAGCGCAAGAGACAGUCUGGCCAAUCACCAAGUGUUCAGCAAGGAGGAGCUCAAUCACCACAGAGAGCGGCGGCGUUGGGCCAGCUCGGGCUGUCGUUGCCGGAGCCAGGGCCUGAGGGCUACAUCAUGAAGCCCAUGGUUGCACAGAUGCCGCUACCGCACCAGGCGCCCGUGAAGAGCGGUGCCAAUGGUGGUGGUGCCAAUGGUGGUGGUGCCAAUGGUGGUGGUGCUUUGAAGAGUAACAGAUCUUCAGCGGGCUCGACCGGCGCGAUGAACCUCGCACAGCAGUACGAGUCAGAUAAGCAAGGGCUGAUCAAAUACUGCUUCUCGAGUUAUGACUCCGAUGGGGUCCUGGCGGACAGCUACAUCACUCACGUGAGAGUCGUUGAGGACUCAGGCUACCCGUCUUCGAGACCGCCGGCUUCCUCACCACAGUCUUCGAAGAAGCAGAGGGUGUUGGCGUUGGCUGUGAAGAAAGACGGUACUGUUUACUUGCACAAGGGCCGUGAGAACUCCAAUGGCUCGUUUCAAAUCGGCAGAACGUGGUCCUUGAACGAUUUAUACUCCCUGGAGAGAGAAUUGCACAACGAUGUUGGAUUCACCGCUGUGUUGGGGAAGUCUUAUUACUGGGAGACCCAGUCGUCUAGGGAGAGACAGGUGUUCAUAACGAGUCUCGUUAGGGUUUACCGGAAGUUCAAGAAUGGGUUUGUUCCGAAAUUGAUUAAUUGGGACUUGAAACUGUUUGGAUUGGAUGAUGCAUCUUAUAAGCUGUUCUUGAAUAAGGAUUUGCCUACUCUAAACUCUGAAUCACCGGUGAAGUUGCAACAAACCCCCAAACAAGUUCAGUCGUCACCAAAGAAACUACAGGAACAAGGUAGUACACCAGUACCACAGACAUCCCCACAGAGAUCACCGGAGAGACAACGUCAACAGGAUAAGGAGACCAGAAAUGUCCCUGUCCCUUUGGUAAUACCAGAUGUUCCAGGGUCAAGAGCAACGACGAAAACUGGACUACAAGCUCCUCCAGUUGUGGUUCCUGUUGUUCCGGUGAUCCCAGCAGCUGCACCUUCGUCAGCAUCCAGCUCAACUUUGCAACAAACUCCAGUAUCACAGUUGAAAGAGGCAAAACAACCAGGACUCUUACCAAAUGUCGCAGAUGUCAAUAGUGAUGGUAAUUCACAGGAACAGAGAUCCUUAGUAGAUGAGGACCUUGCUGCCAAAGUUGAAUCUAUGAAGAUAAACGAUAUUGAUUCGGUGAUUCAAGACGGUGGAAAGGGACAACUUCAGCAUGAGGAAGUGGAUGAUGAUUUGUUGAAGCCUAUUGAGAAGAGCCAGAGUAACACUUCUGAUGUGUCACAGUGUAUUCAGAGCAUAAACAUGGUGGCACAUGCAAAGACAAGAGAGGAGUUUGAACAAGAAGAGGCUAGAAAUGAAGCAGAAGAAGCAGAGACUGAUGCAGAUGACUCUGAUAGCGGUGAUAUUGCGGACCUCUAUGCAGGUGAUGAUGAUAACCAAGAGCAAGAUCAGCUACAACAGUAUGAACAAGAACCAAUGCAAGAUUCUGUAUCCCCGCUCAAGAUCAGAAAUGCUCAACAGGAGACCCCUAUAGUUAUUACACCUCCUGAACAGGAAGACCUGUCUUAUGACAAUUCAGAUGAUCACUCAUUUGACCAGACGUAUCAUAGUCAUGAAGUUCUAAAUAAUAUACCGGAAGAACCGUUCCCUGGUGCAGAAGAAGUAUCGCUAAGAGGUGAGGCAAACGUCAAACCUGCUGAUCAAUUGAAUGUGUCAACUGAAACGAAAGAAAGUAGACAACGUUCUGCUACAAUGAACAGUCUUAUGGAGGCACAACCAGAAAACUUGAACAAUGCAUUGGCUGAUGUAUUUGAUGAGAUCUACUGGGAUUCUAAUGACGACUCUGAAACAUUGACAGCAAAGUUGGUUAAGGAACUGGCGUUGACAGAAUACGAGAUGACUAAAGCAUUGCUCGAAGUGAAGAGCAAAUCCGGUGGAUUGAUCCAAACUGCUUCUAACAUUGCUUCGCAGUGUAAAAAGAUUUCUCCUUUGUUCAACUUUUAUUCUGUGGAGCUUUCAGGCUUUGUCAACGACAUUAAAGACAUUGAGCUUGAAAGUAACGGUUUACAAGUGGAAACAGUGAACAAGAAACAUCUUCAACAUGAGUUGAGAAAGUUGUUCAAUAUUGUUUCUGUUGACGACAGCUCGCUCAAGGUUUUGGCAUCUGGGGACCUUGACAGGGACUUGUACAGCUUAGAAGGUACCCUAUCUGAUUUAGAGUCAGCCUUGAAUGCCAUUAGAGGUGGUGAUAAUAAUGAGGAUAAUUUAGGUGAGAUGCAUGCACUUACAGAGAGAAGAUCCAAGUAUGAGUAUGCCACGGAACAGUUUAUGAGAAGAGUUACAUCUGAACUGGAUUCUAGAUUCAGAUAUAUUGUUACUGAAAUGGGUAAGUAUGAUAGCACCCAUGAUGUCACUUUUAAGGAUGCUUUAUCAGAGAUGUUGGUGUACAGUGGAUUGACACUCUUUGUCCGAAAUAACUCAGAGCCAACAUACUUUGGUAUCAUUGGUUCAUGGGAAGGCUAUGCAAACACUUUUUACCAAAGGGUUCUGUCCCAGUUAUCGGAAAGCUUAGUGGAAAGUGCAUAUAACAAACACAAGUACUCUCUUAUUGACGACUCUUCAGAUGGUACAUCGUCAUUGUUUUCAUCUAGAAAGAGAUCAUCAACAUUGCAAUCAAGCACACCAACGCCAACACACGAAAAACUUAGAGAGAAGUUUGCCAUGCUGGAUUCUUCAUCAGCAGCGUCAAUACCUCGUUACAGCAGUGACAGAAAUGGUGAGGUCGAAAAGCUUAUUAAUACAGUGCAGGCUUUGGAGAAACAUCUUCUGUUAUUGCAGGACUUUACGGUGAAGUUUUUCCACAUGUCCAAUGAAAAUCAUGACUUGGCUGCAUAUAUGAAGGCCUAUCCUAUUAGCGAACGUCCAUCACUUCUUACCUCAUCUGUUAGUGAGAUCGAUUCGAAUAGAGAAAAUGUGAGGGACAUUUACAAUGUGCUUAACACACUGCUUCAACCUGGAGUUCAGGCUUUGUUGAGGAACUUCAAACAUUGUCUCAGAUCGGACAUGAGAAACUCACCACCUUUCCUGCUAUACUUGGAACUUUUCGACAAGAGAUUUUCAUCCACGAACCAGGAAUACAUGGUUGGUAUCUUCAACAGGUUGAGAAACAAAGUACAAUCGGAUUGGGAAAACUUUGUUACUUAUGAAUGUAAGAGCAUUGAUAAGUAUAUGACUGCCAAAGUGAGAAGGGAAGGUGUAUCUGCUGCCGUCAAAAACUUUUGUCAGCUUGUCAUAGACAAUGAGCAAGAGUGUGAAAGAAUUAUCUCCACAUCGCGUUAUCAAACAGUUUCAUAUGGUGAAUUGGACACCAAGAAGGUCAUCGAGCAGUCUUAUAAGAUGUUCUGCGCCACAAUUGUGAGAAACAUGAACUCAGCCACCAGAGGCGAGAAGAUCUUAAAGAUCAGAGAUGGCGGUGAAUUGAAGAAGUUCAGAACCUUGUUGACAAAUGAUUUACAGAAUUGUAACUGGAUUAUUGAGUCGUUGGGACCAAUGAAGGUCAAUGGACUACAGGAGUCCUUGGACGUUGUGAACGAUAUGUUCAAGGACGCCAGCGAACAGUAUGUCUCAGAAAUGGUCUCCCAGUACUUUGGUAAGGUUUCCUCCUUUGUUUACGAAGUUGAUGCAAUCUCCAAAGAGUACACGAAUAAGGUCAUCGACCCAUCCAAGAGAGUAGUGUACAACAAGGAUGAAAUCAACAAGCUUCUCUCCAACUUCACAACGAAGGAUAUAACAAUGAUCGUUAACAACAUGAGAAAGGACGUUGAGCAACAGCUCUACGAUAGCGAGAGAUCAGAGAUCCAGACAGCCUUGGUUGAUAAUAUGUGGUCCUCCUUACAAGGUGAGUUUGUCUCCGUCACCAUGAAACUUACCGAUAUAAUCAACCGGUUCUACAGAGACCUCGAACUGAGAUUCACAAAGAAAGAUGUCAUUGCGGCCUUUAGUGCUGCUAAACACUGA